ACUUUGCGACAGUAAGCAGUUAAGCAGUAGUUAUAGUAUAAUAGUAACCCUCGGGCUCAAUCCCAAUCUGAAUGUUAACGUUUUCGUUUUGCGUCCAUCGCGUCCGUGUCGUGUCGUGUGUCGCUGCUCGCUAGUCGCUGUCGUGCCUUUUGCUCAUUUAAUAUAAAUGUAUGUUUUUAUAAUACACACAGAUAUAUGGUUUUAUGUCCGUUCCGUCACCGUCCGACUGUUCCGCCUGUUUGUCACAGAGGGUAGAGGCAGAGAAGAGUACCUCUAUCAAUAGUACUAGUACCAGUGGCAGUGCCAGUGCCAGUGCCAACAGUCAGCACACCACUCAACAGAGAUAUACUUCCAAUCCAAAUCCAAUUCCAAGUUCCAACUUCCAUUCAAUCGACCUCUUCCCUGUGCCUGUUCUGUUUGCCUGUCCCUGUUUUCAGUUUUCAGUUGAAAUUUAUAUCUCGUAAUGGUUAGGAGUGAACAUUGUGGGAUUUUCAUUUAACGUUACACAGUUUACCUUUACACAGCGGCGGCGGCGGCUAACGGUCAGGUGUUUUAACUGAAACAACAACAAAAUAAAAAACAAACAACAUUUAAAAAACGUUUAUCUAAAUAAGAUUCAAGGAUCAACAAAACUAUCUCAAAAAUCUAAUCCAUGAUUUGGUUUAAUAGAAAUGUAUCUCUUUGAAAAUAAACAAAUUUGUAUCUUUUUUUUGUUUGAAACAAAGAAUUAAGUGAUUUCAAUUGGAAGUAAGCAUAAAACUAAUCGAAACAAAUCCAUUAAAUACAGUCUUGAUUAAAUAUCUACUACCUACAGUUAUAGAUACGAGUAUGGUGUAUGUACUCGUCAUAUGUAUCUAGAUACAAUUUGCUGCUCUCAUAAUAACGCCGCACCGCAGCAGUACGGCAUAUCUAUCAUCGGCUUUGGAUUGGAUAGUGAAGAAUAAAAAAGAAAACAAAAAUUAAAAUUCAAUUUAACUACAAAAGAUACUAUAAGCCUAUCUAUCUAUAGGUAAUUCAAAUUUUUACAAAUUGAAAUUCAUUUUUAACUGGUAACGCUGCCGGAUAUAGUAUUUUAUUUUUUAUGUUUUUUUAUGAAUUUGUACCAACUUAUUUUUCGUGUGUUUAAUUUUUGUGUGUUAAUUUUAUGUGAAAUUUAUAAGAAGAAACGAAAAAAGUAUCUACAAGACGAGUUGAGUUCAACUUCGAGUAGGUACAGUGAAAAUAUAAUUUAUAUGAGACAGAUACAAAGCGAAAAGUGGCAGCAAUGAGUAAAGAUAUAUGUAGCGUGUAGUUUUGUGGAUUGUGAAGACGGUCGGUUCGGUGGUGGUGAGACAAAGUAGCACUAUAAAGAUACAUACCUAUCUAUCUAUACCUACAUAAAAAUUACACACAAAAGAUACAAUAAAAUAAAACGUUGUAUCAUAGAUUAUUAUUUUGUAUGCUGUGUGAUUGUUUGUUCAACGGUCCGUCAUCGUCAUCGCCAUCGUUGUCGGCGUCGUUGUUGUCGUCGUCGGUUGGUCGGUCAAUUUGUUCGCCUUGAGCGCAUUUUGGUCGAUGCGUCGUCUUCGUCUUCGUCGUCGUUGUAGUUCGUCUUAGUUAUCGACUCUCUGACUCUGACUCUGACUCGCCAACGUCUUCGUCUUCGUUUUUUUUUGUUCACUUGGACUUGGAAGUCGUCGUUGGUUUUUGGUUGUCUGUCAGUUAGGAAGUCAGUCAUUCAAUCAUCCGUAAGUCGGUGACACGCAACGCAACGCAACGUAUACCUACCUACAUCUAGAGAUACAAUUUUUAUUUUAUUUUGUUUGUACCUACGUUUAAAUUAUAAUUAGCCACACAUCACCUCGAAAAUACUCAUAUACAAUAUACAUACCUACAUAGAUACUGCAUCUAAAGUGGAUUGUGGAUUAAUUAAUUUAAAAUGCAAUUGAUGGGAUUAACUCUGCACUUGUAUUGUGUAUAAAACAAAUUUAUUGGUCAAGAUAAUAAUCAUUAAACGGCAUUUGCAGAUUCUUAUCAAACAACAGAACCUGUCACUAUGUAACAACAAAUAAUACUCUCAAUAUGGAGACAAACAUUCGUGGAAAAUCAAACUUCUGAUAUCUACAAAACAGAAAAACCGACAUUAUUUUUUAAUGAAAAGAAUUUUGUUUGCUAUCGAAAAGCAAAACAAAAACAAAAAGAAAGAAGAAGAACACAAAAAUCUAAAUAAAAAUGAAGAACAUGGAUAAAAACAACGAUGGGGGAGACGGAAAGUCCGGCAGUGGUAAGUCGGGCUCUUCGAGUGGUGGCGGCGGAGGUGCUGGCCAUGACCAGUCACUCCUUGACGCAGCCUCAUUAUUUGCAUAUUGGGGUAGAGAUCCAGCUGCAGCUGCGGCAGCAGCAUCUAAUCCGCUCUUUAGUUCCCAGUUUAAUGCGGCUGCAGCCGCUGGUCUUGGCUUACUACCAAGUCCAAGUUCAUCUAACGAUCGUUACUCGAUGGCGGCAGCAGCUGCGGCCGCUGCUGGACAUCAUCAUCAGAAUACAAUGGCAGUUGCUGCAUCACAAGCCGCAAGUUUAGCAGGUUUGCAUCCAGCAAGUUGGUGGUCAGUGGCACAACUGGCAGCACAAGAUUACUUUAGUCGUUUACAGGCAUCGGGGUUGUCACCAUUUCCUCAUCCAGAUUUAGCUUCUGCAUUUCCCUCGGCAUUGGGUUUGGCUGGGGCUGGUGGUGGCGGUAGUGGGAAUAGUAGCAAUUCAGCUGGAGUAUCGGGUGGCGGUGGUGGUGGUUCGUCUUCGUCGAAUAGUAAAUCGAGUUCAAGUAAAAGUCGCAAGGAAAAACGCCAACAACAGCAACAACAACAGCAGCAACAACAACAACAGCAGCAGCAUCAACAAAAUCUUUCAAAUAGUAUGAACAGUGGUGGGGGCUCAUCAGCGUCUGGUAUGCAUGGCCUUGGUGCUGGAACCACAAUAACACCAUCAUCAGGUUCUGGUUCAAGUGGAGGUGGUUCAUCAUAUAAGUCUUCCGGUUAUGGGAAGUCAUCAAUAACAUCUAACAUGCAACCAGCCUCCUCAUCUGCUUACGAUCCAGUUACUUUGCACAAAGAACUCUUGGCCAUGCAAGCGGCAGCAGCUUCGGCAGCCGCCUCUUCACAAGCUUCAUCAUCGUCGAAAAAGUCCUCAUCAUCGUCCCAUCACUCGUCCCAGUCUCAUCAAGGUCUUUCUGGCAAUAAAUCAUCAUCCAGUGGAUCUCUAUCCCAUCAUCAUAUGGUUGGUGGUUCAUCGAAUACCGGCUCAGCAGGUAGCCAUCAUAGCUCAAUGAUGGGUUCGCAUUCAGGAAGUGGUGGUGGAAAUAGCAGUGGUGGAGGUGGCGGUGGUAAUAGUGGAAAUUCAUCCAAAGAUCGUGACAAGAAUAACUCCCUCAACGCCCUCAACUCACUCUCGCAACUUGGUAAUCUCGGCCUGAAUCCCCAACAGAGUGUUCAAGCCGCAAUGAACGCCUGCCUCGCUGCCAAUACUGGCAAAGUGAAGGACUACAUGCCGUCCGGAAUCUUGAGUGAGCCAUCCUUGCUGGGAGUCCGAUUGCCACCCGAUACCGAAAUCAUCAAAUACACCUCAUCUAUAGUUGGCCCCAAAAUCCCUGGCUUAAGUCCAGCUAAACGGGCACGUCUCGAGAUGGAGUAUGCAGCCAUGGCAGCAGCAGCUAAUGCCGCCCAGCAACAGCAACAACAACAGCAACAGCAAUCAUCAUCUGGUAGUGGAAGCAGUACUGGUGGCGGCGUUGGAGGCGGGAUGCUUGGUCUAUCUGGUUCAGCGCAGUCAGCAACGAAUUCUGGUUCUUCAUCAUUGCUGGGUGGCCAUCUGAGUGUUCCAUCAGCAUCAUCUAAUUCUGGAGUUGGUUCAUCAUCUUCACUGACGUCUAAUCGUGGCAAUAGUGGUAUGGCCACCGAUCUAACUGGUAGCGCCGAUCGUGUAGAAGUCAUCAAAUUGCCCCCGACGAUCACAUCAAAUGGGGCGUACAAUCUGACUAGCAAAUCUAAAGAUCCCCACGAUACUGAUCAUUUGGGAAUGAUGGGUUCUGGAGUGAAUCUUAGUAUGAAGACUGCUCCGCCAAUUUCGGCACCUGAUGAUUUUGAUGCUCCUCUCAAUCUAUCCAUGAAGCCAGACAAUAAAUCGUCAAGUAACGACUAUGGUAGCACUACAAUUUCAGGUGUGGCCGGCGGAGGCAGUUUGAACCUAAGCACUAGUGGCAAUGUACCAUCAGCUGGUGGUGCAUCGAAUAGUUUACAAAGCCUAAGCUCAAUCACUGCUGCUCUGGGUUCGGGCAGCUCUAGUGGCAGUGGUGGAAGUGACCGCUCCCAACCGCAAUACAAAGAAGGACGACCCCGCAAUCUGGGUCGUGGUGUGUCGAAACCGAAGAAAAACACUGUCGCCUCAUUGCUUGCCCAGAGCCGAGCAGUUGGUAUUAAGCCCAUGUUGUCCACACAGCAGUUAAUGCAACAGGGUGCUGAUUUUGAAAAAAUACGCCAAGCUUUGACAGAGGCUAGUGCACAGCUUGAUGUAUCCACGGAUUCCGAGAGUGUAGCCGCCGAGAGUGGACUCUCUGAAUCCGAGGGAGAAGACUCACAAAUAAUCAACAUUACCGAACUGCGAGCGCCUCUUGAGUUGGGAUGGAAGCGUGAGACAGUCAUCAAAGGUCUUACCAAAGCUGGACAGAUUCGUGGUGAUGUGUGCUACUAUGCCCCUGGAAGUGCCACCAAACUAAAGACAAUUGGUCAGAUAUUUUCAUACAUGGAGAAAAAUCCAUCAAAGUUAAACCGCGACAAUUUUAGCUUCUCUUCACGUGCUAUAGUGGGAUCGUUUCUACAGCCCGCUCCUCCACCGUAUGCAAACGAUGGAGAAUACAUUCGUAUGUCAGAUGCUGAUGUAGCAAAGCGCUUAGAGGACUUAAAGAUGUUCACUCGCCAAACAUUAAAUGUCGAACAGCGUAUUGAAAUUGCUAAACAGCAACAAGCUAUGCGCGAGGCAAAAAAGCUUGCAAAAGAAGAACAAGCUAGAAACAAGGAGAAAGCACGUCAGGAAAAAAACGAAAAACUUGAGCAACAAAGAAAAGAGAAAGAGCUGAAGAAUCAGCAGGCGAUUGAGGCUCGCAAAAAACGCCAAGAAGAACUCGAACGUAUCAAACAAGAAGAAAUUCUAAAAAAGCAACAGGAAAAAGAAAAGAAAAGGCAAGAAGCUAUUUUAGCUAAAGAACAGGAACUCAACAAGCAGAAGGAGUUACUCUACGCUGUCGAAUUGGAACGAGAAAGACGCCGUCAGCAUAUGACACUCAUAAGGCAACUAGAAACCAGACGAAAGUAUGAGGAUCGUGAAAAGAAGAAGCAUCAGUUGGUAUUGGAUAGACUGAUCUUACGUGAAAAGAGAGUAGCUGCUCGAAAGCGCGAUGCUGAAAUACUUAAUCAGAUCAGAAAACCACAAGAGGACUCUGAAAUUUUUGAUCAAAUAGAUUUGCCUCAACUGAAGCGAAUUGCUGGUUGUCGCCUGCCAGGCCAAGCAAUGGCCGAUCUACUGAUGGUCUUUGAAUUUUUGCAUAAUUUCGGUGAAACUCUUGGUUUUGAUAUGGAAUCCCUGCCUACACUUCAGAAUCUUCAUGACGCCCUUGUGCCCGAUAGUAAUGUUGAAGCCGAGGAGGAACUACUCUCGGUAAUGACACAUUUACUUGUGUGUGCCAUCGAAGAUCCGGGCAUUCCGAAUCCCGGCCGACAUACCACUCUCUUGGGACAAUCUCUUCGCAAUGCCGACAUAACCAAUUCAAAUGUUUCCGAAAUCUUGCGAAUAUAUUUGUAUGCCACAGCCACGGGUGAAGUCCGUCAAAUGCAUGGCAUCACACUUGACCGAGAGAAGGAGAAACGCAUACCAGACCAUCAUCAAAUGGAGACUGAUUGUAAUGUAACCACUGGCAAGAAUCAGCAAUACUAUGAGUUAUUGCACGAAAACGAGACAUGGAAAUUGUCGAUUUGCUUGAAAGAUCGGCCAUUUGUAGCCUUGAAUCCAACGAAGAAAACCCAAAUCCUAGCCCAUCUCUGCAAUGACUUGCUAAUGAACAAAGCAGUCCUCAAACAAAUCGAUGGAAGCCUUGAGUCGUGCGCACAAAUCAAGAAAGAGAAAUACAUGACUGAUAUGAAAAUUCGCAAAUACAAGUCACUGCACAUCAGAAAGACCCGUUUGGAAGCCUACGAAAAGGUCCAGAUCGAAAGAGAAGCUGCAAUGGCAGCCAUAGCCGCUCAACAACAGCAGCAGCAAUUGCAACUGCAGCAACAGCUCGAAGAGCAACAACAGCAGAAGCAGCAGGAUGAGCUAGCUCGCAAGGAGGAGGAGUCAAGUGUAAUAGAGCCAGAAGUAACCAUUGUUGUUGGAGAGGGCGAAACAAAUAACAACAGUAGCAGCAACAAGGACGAGUCGGAGAAAAUGGAUAUGGACGACUGCCAAAUUGUUCCUUUGACUGAAACAGUUGCUCCUCCUAAAGAGGCCGAUUCCGAUGCAGGAGGUGUGGAAAUAGUAGAGGCAAGUAAGCCUGAUUUGUUAGUUCCACCGUCUACGCCAGGAGAGAAAGUAACCUACGAUAGCCCCUCGAAGAGCAGUGUGGACACACCAGUCAAAUCAAAACUAGAAGAAUCUUUGACUUAUCAAAACGGAGCGACUGUUCCAUCUGAUCUUAGCCAGUUGAUGAACAAAAAGAAUAACUCACGAUGUGAUGACGCCUCAACUGACGUCGGCAUGGACGAUGAUCUAAGUGACGUAGAGAGCGAGAUGACUAAUAUUGAGGAGGACGAAGAUAAUCGCAUGACUGCCGACGAAGUGCAAAAGAAGCUAGAGAAAAUGAUAAAAUCUUCCUUGAAUUGCAAGGAAUCCCUAGAAAAGAGCACCAAUCAACUUCGGGCGUGUUGCUUUGGCCAGGAUCGUUUCUGGAGGAGGUAUUGGAAGCUCCCAAAAGCAGGUGGCAUUUUUAUUGAAGCACUCGAGUCGGCUCAGAACGAAAUUUAUGAAUUCAAUGAAGUUCUUGAAAACGCCGUCAAAUUGGAAGCGCCAUCUAUUGACGAAGUCAAGGAAGAGCCAAAUUGCGAAACAUCGAAAGAAGAGGAAGAAUUAAAUAACCAGGACAAAACCACAGAAGCCGACAUAAAGCCAUCAUGCGAUGCAGUCGUGAAAAAUGAUUCAGAAAUCGAGUGUAUGCAAGUAGAUGAGAGCAACAACGAGCCACCGCAGCCGGCAAUCGGGGAUGGCUUCCCUCCAAACCCACCAAAUCCUAAUACAACGAUUUGUUUGAAGAACGAUUCUGAAUUACUUCCACCACCCCCACCACCGCCAAUCGCCCAAAAUGUGGUCGUGGGCGAUAUGAAUGAAAUGGCUAUGGACAAGUUCGAGUCGUCAUCGUCGUCGUCGACGAUCAGAAUCGAAGAAAACGAAGAGAACGUCUGUGAUACAAGCAAUCGAGAAAUCAAAUCCGAAGUCGAUGUCAGUAUAAAGAAAGAAGAUGAUGUUAUUAUAAUCUCUGGCGAUGAUUUGAAGCCGCCUGCUUUGCCGGUCGACCGAUGGUUCUCCAUUGCCAAUCGUGAAAUGCCACUAACCACAAACGAAAUGCAAGGUGAGACUCCAUACUUCCAGAGAGUCUAUUCGAACAUCCAUUGUGGCAGUGCUAUCCAGAUUCAAGGCCAUCGUUGGGACAUUGCCAACAAUGCACAAUAUUUUACAGUGCCGUUGGAUAACGGUAAAGUUGACUUGAAUUUUGAAAACGAGACAAUUCUCACACUAUCAGGGCUCGACGAUAAAAUGGUGGAGCAAAAGAUGAGAGCCGCCCAUGCUAUGAAAGAAACUGCUGGUAGCGAGGACAACGGUCCUUCACAUGACAACAGCUAUGACUUGAAAGAGCAGAAGUUUUUUCCCUUUCUCGAUGAUACCUGCGGCGGUGGAGGGAGACCUGAAACUGUAGAAGGAGCCACUUCCGUUAACACCCCAAGUGCAGGUGCCGAAUUGAAGGCAGGUCGUGUGGAAAUGAAACUCGACGAAGCAACCGGAAUAUCGUUUCAAAAUUUAGCCAACAUGUCAUUGGGAAACAUUAGCGCUUACAUCACCUGCGACAUUCCAACCCCUCUCUCAAUGACACCGGACGAACAUCGUCUGCUAGAGCAGAUAAAAAACGAGGGGUUUCCCAAGAAGCUAGAGAGUAAUUUUGUGCCACGCAAAUACCGUCACGGCUGGUGGAAGGUGGACACUCUCGAGUUAAUCCAAGACGUCAUAGACAAUCUCAACCAGAAGGGUUUGCGCGAACGUGAAUUAAAGCAGAGUUUAAGUCGAAUUCUCUCCGAAGAGAUAGAACUCGCCACACCAUAUUCACUAACCGCCAAAGAGGAUGACAACGAAGAUGAAAAAAUAGUCCCGCCCGAUGGACCCAACGAUUGGAAUCCAAAAGUUGCGAAGCGCGUUGAAUUGGCACUGUUGGAACAACUCGAAGCUCUUGAGGAUAAAAUUGCCAGCGCUUCAAUGCAGAUAAAGCACUGGGUUCUGCCACCACGAAUAGAAAAUGAAAUGUCUCUCGACCAGGAGGACAUUACGGAAGAAGAGUUUGUGACAAUAAUUCCAAUGAUCCGUGAUCGUAUUGCCAGUUUGGAGGCGGCCAUCGAACGAAGGUACUUGAAACCACCAUUGGGCAGUCAAACGGGAGAUGCCCAUCUAGCUGUGAUCGCACAAAACCAACAAAAUCAGAAAUCCUCUUCGUCGACGUCAUCUUCGGAGAGAGAUAAUAACACAUCCAUGGGACAGCAACAGCAAAGCAAUACCAGCGUUAGUGCUUCGGGUAAUAGCAGUGAUAACGGCGGACAGCAGCAAUCGUGCUCUGUCAGUGCAUCGGGGGAUAAUUCCGGAGCAGCUUCACCGGCUAGUGUUUGUGACAGCGAAAGAGAUAUGCCCCAAGAGAAUAUCCCAAAGGGUUUGGUGUCAUGGCGCGAGGCGGUAUCUCGUUCGCAUACUACGGCUCAAUUGGCCAUGGCAUUGUAUGUUCUGGAAUCGUGUGUUGCCUGGGACAAGAGCAUUAUGAAAGCGCUUAAUAAAAGUAAAAAGAAAAAAUCAAAAUCGAAAUCAAAGUCGAAUAAAAACGGUGAAAGUUGUAAGCCCACUACCACUAGCACCCCUAACAAUAAGGAGAGUAGUACGACAACAACACCAAACAAAAAAGCUGACAAAAAGUCCUCAUCCUCCUCCUCCUCGUCGUCGUCGAAAAAAUCAAAAAAGUCUUCGAAAAGUAAAUCCAAAACAAAGUCACCAAAUUCCAAGGCUAACAAAUCUACCAAAAACAAACUUGACCAAUCAAUGAUGAGUGAAACGACGAUAGAUGAUCAAGGUCAAGAUCAAAAUCAAGGUCAUGGUCAAGGUCAAGGUGAAGGUGAAGAAGAAGUAAAUUCGUAUAAUAUGAUGUUGUGUUCUACUACUACUCCUCCUACUACCUCUGCUACUAACCACAAAAUCACGAAGAUGUUAUUCACUGAAACUAGUACACCAACUACUACUACUACAACAACAACCACAACACCAAGCACAAAACGUACUACAAUUUCCCAAAACAAUUACUUACAGAAUUGCCAGUUCUGCACAUCUGGCGAGAAUGAGGAUAAAUUGCUGUUAUGUGAUGGUUGCGAUAAGGGCUAUCAUACAUAUUGCUUUAAGCCCAAAAUGGACAAUAUCCCUGAAGGAGAUUGGUACUGCUAUGAAUGUGUAAAUAAGGCGACAAAUGAACGCAAAUGUAUCGUUUGUGGCGGUCAUCGGCCUCCUCCAGUGGGUAAAAUGAUUUACUGUGAAUUGUGUCCACGUGCAUAUCAUCACGAUUGCUACAUACCGCCCCUGUUGAAGGUGCCACGCGGCAAGUGGUAUUGCCACGGCUGCAUAUCCAAGGCACCGCCACCGAAGAAACGCCCUAGUAAAAAGCCUGCCAACAAGGAACUAAAGCAGCACAAUUCAUCGCAGUCAUUGAACUCUUCGCACGAUGAAUCGAUGAAUUCCAUUGUAGCGCCUUUAAGUCCUGCACACUCAGUAGCAUCGACGUCCUUCGAUGAACAUCACAACAAUUCGGUAGAUGCUUCUCGUUUCCAAACCCAAAUGACACGUCCAUCAACGCCGAUGGCCAUCAAUAACGACUAUGUAGAUAUAAGUAUGGAAGCAACACAGCUGGGAGUUGGUGUUGCUAUCGGCGGCGUUGGCAUUGGCGUUGGUGUUGGUCUAUGUCCUGCACAACCCAAUCCAAUGCCGAAUAUGGCACCCAUGCAACAACAAAUGGUACAUGCAUUAUCUCCGCAACAUAUUGGCAAUCAGAGCAAUCAACUAUCUAUGAUUAUUCCACAACCACCAGUGAUGUCUCAACAGCUCCAACUGCAACAACUUCAACUAGCACAACAGCAGCAGCACCAGCAAGCUCAACAACAACAACAGCUCCAGAAUCAACUUCAACAUCAACAGCUUCCACAAUUGCAACUUCAACAACAGCAACAACAACAGCCACAGCAACAACCACAGCCGCAACAAAUUCAUCAACCUCCACCAGCAUUACCGCCUCCAGCGCAAAUUCAAUCGCAUCAAAUUCAACAACCAAUAGCACAACCACCAGCACCACAACCUCCACAAAUGGUACCAUCACCACCCCAACAGGUGCAAGCGACUCCAAUAGUCCCCCCACAACAAAUUCAACAGCUCCAACAGCAGCAGCAACAACAACAACAACAGCAGCAACAACAACUCCAACAACCACAACAACAACCACCACAACAACAACAACAACCACAGCAACAGACAAAUCAACAACAAGUCAUAAAUGAGGCUAAAGAGAAACUAAAACAAGAAAAAAAGGAAAAACAUGCCACCAAGAAGCUAAUGAAGGAUUUAGCCGUUUGCAAAACUGUUUUAGGUGAAAUGGAGUUACACGAAGACUCUUGGCCAUUUUUGUUACCUGUGAAUACAAAGCAAUUCCCAACGUAUCGUAAAAUAAUUAAAAUUCCAAUGGAUCUAUCAACAAUCAAAAAACGUCUUCAAGAUUUAAGUUAUAAAACCCGCGAAGAUUUCUGCGUAGAUGUGCGGCAAAUCUUUGACAAUUGCGAAAUGUUUAACGAAGAUGACUCACCUGUCGGCAAAGCAGGACACGGCAUGAGAAAAUUCUUCGAAGUCCGAUGGGCUGAACUGACUGAUAACAAACAUUCAUGAUAUCAAAUGCAUCACCUAAAGUAUUCGAAUGAUUAGAAAGCUUAAAUAGUAUUUAUAAAAAAAUCACACACAAAUAUUAAAAAAAAAAUUGAUCUAGAAAUAGCAUUAAAAGAAAUCUUAGUUAUAAUUAAAAAAAAAAAAACAAAAAUUAAAGAAAUAAAAUACAAUUAUAAAAUGUAAAGCAAGGCAAACAAAUUAUAAAAUAAUAAUAAAAUACAAAAAGAAAAAAAAAAAAAACAAAAACAAAAGUAUUCCAAUUCGUAUGGAAAAGGAUUUAGUCUUACACAUUUUUUUAAAUAUAUAUUUUUAUUGUUUAGAACCAACUUCCGUUCUGUAAAUAGUUUAUAUUUCUUAUAUUUAAAGUUUAAAAACUUAAUUUUCUUUUUUAUAAAAUAGUAAUUAUUGAUGUAUUUCUUUUUAUAAAGAGCUUAAUGCUUCGCUACACAAAAUGAAUAUUUUUCCUAUAAUUUUAGUUCACACACACUCUCAAUCCCGAAGAAAGCAGAUGAAACAUUUUUGAAACAAAUUUUUGUACAAACUUUUUAGAGAUUUUACUUGACAGUAUUUUUUAUCUUUGUUUUGCUUUUGUUAACAUCUACUUUUUUUAUAAUAUACAAGAGAACAAUAAUAAUCUAAAAAACAAAAGCAUACGAGCAAGAGCGGUUUUUCUUAAGCUAUCAACAAAAAGAAAAUGUCUUCUAUUGCGGAGUUCACUUUCGCUUUUAAUGAUAUUGUCGCUAAAUUAUUUUAUUUUGAUUUAAUUUUUAAUUUUUUUUAACAUGACAUCAUAUUUAUCAUCAUUGUGCGCAUUUUAAUUUUCUUAACAGAAAAAUAGAAACGUACUUAUAGUUAAGGAAAUUUGCUUGGCAAAAGCAGAUAUAUAUAUUUUUGGUUUACUAUCCUUUUUAAAUGAUAAUCUAGUUUAUAUGUCAGUCCUUUUUCUUCUUCAUUUACGUUUUUAUUUUUUUACUUAUGUGUAUUAAAUAUUUAUAAAUAUAUAUUUUAUAUGUAUAAUUGGUAUUUUUAGAAUAAUAUAAUAACUUUAUGUCUAUAUAAUAUAAAAAUAUAGGAGUGUAUAAUUUUCUUCAUGUGUAUCGAGAUUGUUUUUUUUCGUAUAUAGUUUUUCUUUUUUUCCUAAUUUAUUUUCCAUGCAUUGUUCUAGUUUUUAAGUUAAUAAUUCUUUGAAAUAAUAAAUAAAAACAAAAAUAUAUAUAUACACAAAAAUAUUAUAUACACUUAAAAAACUCAUAACGUUAAGAAAACAAAAAACGAUGUUCGAUAUGCAAGAAAUAUAUUCGUAAAUACAAUACUGAAACUAUGAAAAACUAGAA